CAGGGCCCAGCCCUUCACUAGGCAUCCCUGUCCCAGGGAGCCCGGCGUCAUCCCUGUGACAGGGGGCCAUCCUCCCCUCUAGGGGGCACUAAGUGCAUAGCUCAAAGCACCUGGAACCUUCUGCCUUCAGAGGCCGUCACUGGCAUCUGGCCCAGGAGCUCAGAGCUGACCCACAGCAUUGCCUCCCCCUUCUCCCCACCUCACCCCACCCCUGUGGAGUGGGGCAAGGCCUCUACUGCUGAGCCCCAUGACACACCCCUGCUGCAGAGAGCGCGUGAUGCUGGAUGCCACACUGGCCCCUUCCAGAAAGCAGUGGGCCCCCUGGCCACUCCCCCACCUGGGGCAUCCUGGGGUCAGGACUGUGCCUCAUUGCCCGGCUGUUUGAGGCAAAAGCCACUUGCUGUCCCUAGGCAGGGCCCUGGGGUCAGGAGCCUGGAGGCAGGUUAGCUGGGCACAUUCCAGGACCGGCUUCCUCAGGCCCACGUGCCUGCUGCAGAACUGGUCAGGGCUGGUGUUUGCUCUAUGGGGCCCGAGGACAGAGCCAAGUGCCGGUGCUGUGGCCCUGAGCGAAGCUGCUGGGUGGCCGGCCGCAGUCCCACACGGGCCCCCUGUGGACCCCUCUCUCUGUGCGGCUCCAUUGUGGACCAGGACACCAGCUGUGCCCUGUCCUGGGGAGGCCGGGACCACACAGAUGGGCAGAUCCUGGGCCAGCUGCGCCCCCUUGCAGAGGAGGAGGAGGAGGAGGAGGAGGAGGAGGAGGAGGAGGGGGCCAGGGCAGCCCCAGCCACAGGGCCGGCCUUCCCCGGGAUGGGCUCUGAGGAGCUGAGGCUGGCCUCCUUCUACGACUGGCCGCUGAGUGCUGUGGUGCGGCCAGAGCCGCUGGCUGCCGCAGGCUUCUUCCACACUGGGCGGCAAGACCAAGUGAGGUGCUUCUUCUGCCGCGGGGGUCUGCAGAGCUGGGAGCAAGGGGAUGACCCCUGGACAGAGCAUGCCAAGUGGUUCCCCAGGUGUGGGUUCCUGCUCCAGACAAAAGGAAGGGACUUUGUCUGCAGCGUCCAGGAGUCUUGUUACCACCCGCUGGGUUCCUGGGACCAAUCGGAAGAACCCGCAGACUCAGCCCCCACCGCCCCUUCAGAUGCCAGGGGCAGGCAGGAGUGGCCUGCAUGGAGCCGGUGCCCGGCAGUGCAGGCUGCCCUCUGCAUGGGCUUCGGGCAGAACCAGGUACGGCGGCUGGUGCAGCGUAAGUACCUCUGGGCGGUGCCGGCCAGCGUAUCCGCGUCCCAGCUGGUGGCCGACCUGCUCCAGGAAGAUGACGGGGGCCGGGCUGCGGAGGCCAGAGCUCCUGUCCACGUGGGUCCUGAGCUGCCAACGCCCAGAAGGGAGGCCCAGUCAGAAGGUGCCACAGAGCCAGGAGCCCAGGACGCCCAGGAGCAGCUGCGGCGUCUGCAGGAGGAACGGACCUGCAAGGUCUGCCUGGACCACCCCGUGUGCACCGUCCUCGUGCCCUGCGGCCACCUGGUCUGCGCGGACUGCGCUCCUGUGCUGCGGCUCUGCCCCCUCUGCAGGGCCCCCAUCCGCAGCUGCGUGCGCACCUUCCUACCCUAGGCCAGGCGCUUCAGAUGCUGGCUGCCUCUCGCGUCCCGUGGGGGGCUGCUGAGGAUGACUGAGCCGGCGUCCAGGACUGGCCAGCCAGGGUCCCCACUCGCAGCCCAGGGAGGAAGGGGGCUGCAGACGGCUUGGCAAGGGGAGGGGGCGUGAAGGUGGUUUGACCGAUGCUUAGGCGCUUUUGCAGAUUUACAGUAAAGUGGCGGGUUUUCCCUGGA